AUCCCUGCUUCGCAUUGCUUCGCUGCGCGACUUCCACCAUCGUCCACCAUCUUCAAGUGCAUUGUUGAGCGGUGCUGUUCAAUCUAGCAAUGCAAGCAGGAGGCGAGUCUGUGGAAAUGUAUCAAGGAGAAUUGAAAACCAUGGAGAGCAGCGGUCGGAAAGAGAGCUUCAACUCCUCCAUAGGGUCAGAGUACUCCAUCUCUGACGCUUCUGACGCAGACUCUACCAGGAAAACAUCCAAGGCUAAGAAAAAGAAAAAUCGAAAAAGGGAUCGCGAACGCUCCAAGUCAGACACGGAUCAGGAACUUGAACGGGCAGGGUCAAGUUACAGCAUUGGCAGCAAUGCAGAGGAAGUGUCAGCCGAUCGACGCCGAUCAAUUAGUCCAGCAGCUGCAAAUUUCAUCAAGGCCGACUGCGAACAAGCUGUCCAGAAUAGCAGUGGUGAGCAGAAAAAUGGAAUGGGAGGAAAGAUUUGGAGGGUAGCAGAGUCUCUCAUCAAUGACAACUAUUUGACAAAUCUCACGGCAGUGGUGGUUCUGUUUGAUGCCUGGUUGACUUGCUAUGAUAUUGAUUCAAAAGCCAUUGGUGAUGAAACUCCUUUCAUCAUACAGCUCGCCGCAGACCUUUGCUUGCUGGUGUAUACCCUAGAACUCUGCCUCUUCUUCACAGUCAAAGGGAUUCGAAUUAUGAAGAUCAUGUACAGAGAUAUGCUGUUCAUGAUCGAUCUCACCGUUCUGAUUUGUGGCUAUGUAGAAGCUUUGCUCCAAGCCUUUGGAAUGUCCGAUUUCUUUGGCCGGAUUGGCAUGCUGCGAUUGCUCAGGGUGGCGCGAAUUCUUCGCCUAACACGGAUCUUACGCAAGAGCCAGUCUUUGAAAGAGCUACGUAGAUUGCUGACUAUGAUGGCAACAUGUAUGAAAGCUCUUGCGUGGUCUUUUCUUAUCUGCUUCGGUGUUAUGAGCUUUUGGGCGAUGUUAAUGGUUGAGAUUAUCCACCCGAUUGUGAGGGACUCUGGUGAUCUGUACUUCGCAGACUGUGAACAGUGCAGGAGGGCCACCCAAUCUGUAAUGGAUGCAAAUCUGCUCCUGUUUAAGACAGUGAUUGCAGGUGAUAGUUGGGGUUUGAUCGCGGUUCCUGUGAUCGAGGACCAUCCAGGCACUGCCAUUAUUUUUGUUGGUAGCCAACUCACGCUAGUGUUCGGUGUGUUAAACUUGAUCGUCGCUGUUGUUGUAGACACCUUUGCAGAAUCGAGGGCCCACGACGUGUUGAAUUUGGCAGAGGAGCUGGAGCAAGAGAUGGCUUCAGACAAGAAGAGUCUGCAGAAAAUGUUCGAGCGAAUUGAUGACGAUUCAAGUGGCACUGUCACAGUGGAUGAACUAAUUGCUGGAGCUCGGAGAGAUCCUGAGCUUCAAAGCCGCCUUGCUGUGAUGGAUAUUGAUGAGGUGGACUUAGAACAGCUCUUUGAGAUGAUUGAUGUUGAAGGUACUGGUCAGGUGCAUGCCAGAGACUUCAUUGGCCCUUUGAGUAGAUGGGUGCGAGACUCCAAGACAGCACCUCGCUUUGUCAAGUACAAUAUGAUGCGAAUGAUGGAGAGACAUGACAUGUUUGCGAAAUCAGUUGAUUUGCGAUUUGAGCAUUUGGCAAGGACACUUGAUGAGAUGUUCGAGGAGUUCCGCUAUGCGUAUCAGAGGACCGACAGCAGAAGCUCCAGCAAGGAGUCUCUUUCGCCACGAGGCGUGUCCCCAACGGGAUUUACUCCCAGAGGCUUCUCACCAAAAGGCUCACAAAGCUUGCAAGCGCAAUUCCGCCAAAUCCGUAUGCAAAAGGCAGUCGAUCACCCUUCAGAUGCAGAGGUUGACGAGGUAGAGCAGCCGCAUAUCUCUGAAAGGGCUGUACUGCAACUGACUCCUAGCGCAGACUCUAUGAAGCUGAUUCAAGAAGACUUGGAAGCAUCUUUUCAGCGUGCCAUGCAGGUUCUACGGAAGUCCUUGUUGGAGUCUAUGACUGCUCUUAAGCAGACCUCUGCCAUCACCGAGACCACGGUGAGCGAGUUGUUUCAAUCAACCUCCAGAAUAUCUCACGGUGCUGAAAGUAACCAGCACAAGGCACAGCCAAUGGACCUCGACAACAAAAUACAGCUGUCUGAGCCGUCCAGACAGAUAGUGCAUAGAGAUUUGGAAACGCGCUGAUUGCAAAGCAACGAAGCGAUGUAUUCCAAUCUGCAUUUUCGCUUUUUGUUGAUAUUUCGAUGAGCUUUGUCAUCAGAAUAUAU